GACGUUGUGCACGACCACGCGCUCGUGCUCGACAAAGACGGAAGGGUGCAGCGAGAAGUGGUGCCCGAAAACGCCUGCGAAGCCGGGGCCGAGACCCUCGAGGAUGUAGAUGUUUUGCUGUCCUUGUUGUGAUGUUGUGUCGUGGAAGUGUGCUUCUAGGUCGGCUGGUUCUUCGAACUAUGCCGUUCUGGUGAAGGCACCGUUGUCUCCGAGGAUGAGCUUGACGACUCGGACUCCGUCGUCUGUGAAGGGGAUGCGCUGGGUUUUGGCCUUGGGGUCUCGCUGUCUAAGUCGAUGGUCUGAGAAACAUAGGGACCGGACAAAGUCGUCGUAGUCGCUCGCCUUCAGCAAGCCAUCCUCCGUCUUUCUCCAUGUUAUUCAAUUGAAUCCACGGGCCGAUGUGUCAGUCAGUGUGGCCAAGUUUUAAAUGAAGAAAUUGGGGUACGCCAAUAGCAAAGAACGAGACUAUGUAGACAGCAAUAAGCGAGCGUUGAGUGAUUGAGACGUUGACAAGAGCUCCGAGACUUGCAAUCGAACC